AUGACACCGUCCACUUUGCCAUCAGAUACGAAGGUGAAGACGAAGACGAAGGCAAAGACCGUCAAGACACGCAUCCUCCUCCUCUCUGACACUCAUUCUUCCCUCCCUUUUCCCGCCGACCACGACGUGGAAGGCAAAGUCCCCUUCCACCACCCCUUGCCCUCUGCCGACGUGCUCAUCCACACCGGCGACCUGACCAUGACCGGGUCUCUGUCUGAGCAUCGUGCCGCCGUCCAGCUCAUCCGCUCGAUCGACGCGCCGCUCAAAAUCGUCAUCCCCGGAAACCACGACCUCACGCUGGACCGCGACUACUAUGCCAAGUACCAUGAUCUGCACGCCUCCUUCGCAAAGUACUCGGACGAGGUUCUCGAUGGGAUCCAGGAUAUGUACUGUGGGAGCGAAGCCCGCGCCGCGGGGAUUCGGUACAUGGUGGAAGGAACCGCGAGUUACAAAUUAGACAACGGUGCAAGAUUGAAUGUGUACGCUUCGGCGUGGCAGCCGGAGUUUUGGAAUUGGGCAUUCGGGUACGCGCGGGAUGUCGAUCGAUUCAAUUUUACUACUCACGUUAUCCGUACGGAGAAUGCAGAAGAGAGCAAGAGCAAGAGCAAGAGUAAGCCACCACCAGAGAAUCCUGUGCCGGACUUUGACGACAGCGAGAACGCCGUGGAUGUCAUGCUGACUCACGGUCCGCCCAUGGGCAUCUUGGACCAGACGAUGCACAACAACAGUGAGAGUGUGGGCUGUGAGCAUCUCCGUCGUGCAGUGCAACGGUGUCGGCCGCGUCUGCAUUGUUUCGGGCACAUUCAUGAGGCGUGGGGCGCGUGCAGGAAGAUGUGGGAUGUCGAAGAUGUUGAUGUCGACGACGAGGAUGAUGGUGAUGGUGGUGGUGGAGAAGGACUUUCUAAGGGCGAGACAAUCGUCGACCCUGGCUCCUACGAUAGCCUGGUCGACCGGAUGGGCGCAUACGUGGACGCUACGGAUCUCGAGCACGGCAAAGAGACGCUGUUUGUCAAUGCGAGUAUUAUGAACAUAAGGUACAGGCCGCUGAAUGCGCCGUGGGUCGUGGAUUUGGAGUUGCCUGUUGCUGAUGAGGAUGGUGAUGAUGUUGGUGACGGCCAAUGAAGGAGAAUAAUCCAAGCGGACUGGACUGGGAGAAACGGUGUAUGUUGAGGACCUGUGCCAGACGCUGGGCAAUCAGCCUUUGAAGUCCUACAGGAGGGCCGAGCCAGACGCGAGUGAAUGAGGGCUAUGACACUCAGAGACGCUGUCACUCAGCCAAAAAACAAAGGUCAGCCUAGAGCAUCGAUCAAAAGGGCUGUAUAAGGUAGGUUCUGUUCCACCAUGGCCCAAACAACAACAUGGACCGAGGUAAGCGGAUUCUGGCGAAACAGUCUUCGAGUGUCAGAGGCCCACGCUCGGACUUAUGGCCUUAUGGAGGUAUACUCGGGGAACAAGAGGGUGUUCGUCGAGCGCUACUCGUAGCGGCAUGGGGCGAAGAUGGAAGGCGUUUAGAGAAGCUACUAUGAGUGACUGCAUGACAUAUCGAGUACAUAGCGGAAUGUACCUACCACGUGGGAGCGCUUUGCAAGGACAUGAUAUCAAGUGAGGCUGGGGAGGGCCGGCAUAAUAGGCAUGAGGGAAAAGCAGGCGGAAUAUGGC